AUGUCUUUCGCGCCCGCAACAGCAACAACAGAUCCAGACGCCCCCGCAGCGGCAGCACCCCCCUGCAAAGCUUCACUCGCAUCACUGCCCGUCGAGCUGCAACUCCAGAUCCUGACGUACGCGGGCAGCGGCGUGCUCAGCCUGCGCCAAGUGAACAAGCGCUUCCACGCCAUCGUGCGCUCCUACGAGCGACUGAUCGCGGACCUGGUCUUCGCGCGCUCGACCUGCGGCCGCGCCGCCGCGCACUACGGCCUUCCGCCAGACAGCUACCGCAAGGCGCGCAACUGGCGCAACAACGCCACCUUCUACAAGAAGUUCUGGCGCGUCUUCGGCGACAAGAAAAUCUACUCGGACUGCUGGACGUCGAAUCUCGCGUUCCCGUUCCUGGACGUCGACUUUUUUGACACGCACGUUAUGCCCAGGCCCCUCGAGCUGGCGUAUGUCUUCUCGAGACUCGAUCCCGUCGUUGAGGACGACCCGAAGUGGUUUUUGGCGUCGGUGCGCGAGACGUCAAAGUAUUGA